UUUUUCUUAACAUUAUGUGGAAUUUUAGGAAGUUUGGAUUAACUGGUUGUUUCAUGAGAAAACAAAUCUAAAUCUUACCAAAAAACAGUAAACACGAGUUACAUUCUGUACAGAUAAGUCAGAGGAAAAGGCGUCAGCGUUUUUAAUUCCAAAUGGUCGAACCCGGCUGAUUUGUCCAAGGAUUCACUCUGGUUACCUCACCUUGGAUUUGCGUAUAAAAUGCUUCUGAGAUGGCCGUUGAGGUUUUUUCUCUUCUCUUCUUCCAAAUUCAAGCACGUGGAAGGCGUUAGAGGCGUUUCCCCAGCACGCUCCCCCGCUGCUCCCGCCUGUGCAUGUCGGGUCGCCGGAUUACACACGCUCGGGUGCCCCGGCACAUUUGGAUUUCGGAUCAGCAACGACGACGUGUUGCAGUAUGAGCCUGUUCCAAAUAUCGCAGGGGACAUAGUGUAGUAAAAUAUCUCGUUGUUUGUCUGAAAUUCAGGUUUACCUGGGCGUCCUGCGCUGGCGUUUGCCGAGUCUCGCAGCACCAGCCGGGUGAGACGUGGUCAGCGCCGCGUCUCCAGACGCCGGUGAGACCAGGGUCCCCUCCCGGGAGGGGACGGCGUCGCCUCCUGGAACCCGUGUCGCGACCGCCCUCGGCGGAGGUGGCCUGCGCUUGGAGCGGGAGGCGGCCGCUUCCGUCCGUCGCAGGCGCCCCGGGCCGGGUCAAGGCGAACCAGAGAAACCGCGUGUCCCCUCCCGGGCGCACGGAAGCGUCGCCUCUUUGACAAAUCGACCCGCCAGCAAGAACUGACGCACCGGGUCCCCGUGACCCGUCACCAGCGGAGCGGACCCCACCGCCUGGCCCAGGACGCCGCAGCCCGGGCGGCGACAAGGCGCGGGCUGGCGACACAGACGCGGAGCGCAGGAGGCGCCGGGAGGAGGGGGACAGAGGGCCGGAGGCCGAGCUGCCCGGCUCCCGGCGUCGCUCCCGGAGCCAGAAGGACGAAUGUGGGCUGGACCAGCCCACGGUGCACAGGCGCACGCGGGCCUCCGGGCCGUGGGGACCUCGAACCCUCAGAGCGACGUUUUAAAAGAUUAGAAUACAUGAGUCUCAUACAAAGAUGGAAUGAACACACGGCAAAGAUUUCUCUAACUGGCUAAUGAGGAAGCAGCGGGAUGGUGCCGGGGUCAAGCACCAGCGUUUGUCGAUGGUGUCUAGAUGACUCCAUGGUGCCCGGGGCGGUGGGGGGAGGGGGGUGGCUAGGACCGCGCUUGUCCAAAGUGCAGACCGAGAACCAGGAUCAUCUGCGGGAUGCUGGAAAUGCAGACUCUGGAUCUCCGAACUAGCACCCGCACCUAACAGGGACCUCUGUGAACGCUGGAGGCGCUCAGGGCCCAGUGAUCUAACGCUGCCCUUGAUGCUCCUGGAGAGAUGACGACGUACCAGACUCUGCUCUCAUUAGGGUGACCACCAUCCCCUUCUGCCCAGGACUGAGUGUACUCAUGGGAUGCGGGGCUUUCUAUGGCAAAAACUGGGAGUGUCCUGGGCGAACCAGGAGGAGCUGGUCACCCUGGCUGUGUUCUGGCUGCACCCACCUUCCUUCAUUGAAACCUGCCCAUCAGCAGUGCCUGAGCUGACCCCCUAUACCUCCCAUGCAGGCUCCUUCCCUGGUUCUCACCACUUCUCCUUUCUGCCCCCGCCCCUUCCUGCCCAGGUCAGUCACUCAUCCUCCCUUGCCAGCCUCAGCGAUAAGACCCAGUUCCCGUCCUUCCUUCGGACCCUGGCUAGUGACCUCACGUCCUCCCGCCUGGUGGCCCAGCUUGUCCACUUCGGAUGGUCCUGGGUGGGCAUUCUGGCCCAGGACGAUGACUACGGGCAGCAGAGCAGCUCACUGGUGAUCCAGGAGCUGGGCCAGGCAGGCAUCUGCAUUGAGUUCCACCUCCACGUCCCCUCCCAGCCGUCCCUGGAGAAGACGGAAGCCCUCGUCCGGGAGAUGGGCCGCUGCACCGCCACUGGCAUCAUCGUCUUCGUGAGCAACUUGAGUUUCCAGAUCAUCCUGCAGGGCUUGCUGGGCCAGGGCAUCUCGGGCCGGGUCUGGGUCAGCCGGGAGACGCUGCACGCUGCUCUGGCCCUGAGCAUCCCCGGCGUGUCCCAGGUCCUGCAGGGCUCCUUCAGCCUUCUGCAGCGCACCAGCCAGGUCCUCGGGUUCCCCGAGUUCUUUGCUCGCCUGCACCCUGCCCGGACCCCAGAGGACAUGUUCAUAGAGAGAUUCUGGGAGGUCACCUUCAGAUGCACGUGGCCCCGUGGGAGCCGAGGGCCAGUGGGAAACAGCUCGGUGGCAGGGGGCAUCCGGUUCUGCUCUGGGAACGAGAGCCUGAUAGGUUGGGAGUACCCCUUCCAGGACGUGGUUAAACUGGAUGUCGGGUACCCGGCCGUCUACAGCAUCGCCCACGCCCUGCAGGACCUGGGCACCUGCGAGCAGGGGGACGGGACAUGUGCAGACCCUUGGCACUUCCAGCCCUGGCAGCUUCUGCAUCCCCUCAGGAAGGUGCAUUUCAAGACCGUUGAUGGGACAGAGAUUGUCUUUGAUGCCAAUGGAGAUAUGGUUACAACAUUUGACCUUCUUCAAGGGCAGAAGACCCCUGAAGGCCUGUUCCGCUUUGUCCGAAUAGGCAUACUCAACCCACAAGCUUCCUCAGGGCAGAGCAUGAUGGUCCAGAUGAUGAAGGAGGACUUCCAGGUCCCCAGCUCUGCCUGCAGCAAGAGCUGUGCUCCAGGAUCCAGCCAGAUCAUGCGCCAGGGAGCCCCUCACUGCUGUUUUGACUGCAGCCCCUGCCCCGAGGGACACUUUGCAGACCAAAGAGACAUGGCGCGCUGCCUCCCGUGCCCCGGCGAGCAGGCGCCCAGCCCGGCGCGGGACGGCUGCCGGCCGCUGCCCGAGAUUUUCCUGAGCUGGCGCGAGCCGCUGGGCCAGGCGCUGGCGGCGGGCGCGGUGGCGCUGGCGGCCGCGGCGCUGGGGACGCUGGCGCUGUUCCUGCGGCGCCGGCGCGCACGCGCGGUUAGGGCGGCCCACGGCGCGCUCAGCCGGGCCCUGCUCGGCGCGCUGGCGCUCUGCUCCCUCAGCGCGCUGCUCUUCCUCGGCCCGCCGCGCGCCGCCACCUGCCUGCUCCGCUGGGCCGCCUUCGCCGUGGUCUUCGCCGUCGCCGUGUCCUGCGUCCUGGCCAAGACCCUGGCCGUCGUGCUGGCCUUCCGAGUCACCAGGCCAGACGACCCACUCCGCGUGUGCCUGGGCCCCCGGGCCUCCGCCGCGGUCGUGCUGGGCGCCUCGUCGCUGCAGGUGCUGCUCUGCGGGCUCUGGCUGAGCAUCUCCCCGCCGGUCCCGCAGAGGGACACGGCCUCCGAGCCCGGCCACGUGGUCGUGCGGUGCCAGGAGGGCUCCGGCGCCGCCUUCUACUGCAUGCUGGGCUACCUGGGCCUCCUGGCGGCGGUCACCCUCUCCGUGGCCUUCCUGGCCAGGCGUCUGCCCGCUGCCUUCAACGAGACCAAGCUGCUCACCCUCAGCAUGCUGCUCUUCUGCAGCGUCUGGACGGCCUUCCUGCCCCUGUACCACAGUGCGCGCGGCAAGGCCACCGUGGCCGUGGAGGUCUUCUCCAUCCUGGCCUCCACCGCAGGGCUGCUGGGCUGCAUCUUCCUCCCCAAGUGCUACAUCAUCCUGCGGAGGCGCGAGCAGAACGUCCCGGCCCGGUUAUGGCGUGGAUGCGGGCCAAGCGGGGAAGGCAGAGCCAGGAGCUCCCGGGCAGCUGUGUCCCCAGGCCCCUGCCACAAACCCUCCUGAGCCUGUCCUCGCUGAAGAAGCCAGGGCCACAGGAUCUGGACUCAUUGUUUUUCUGCCGCUUAAAAGAGAUUAAGAGAUGAAGCACAGAAAGCGGGAUGUUAAUGACUGCUAGAUCAAGAUGUGAGCAAGUGGAUGGUCACCGCCUAUUCUCUUUGUCUAUAUUGUUUAAAUUAUCCACAACUUAAAAAGUUUGAAAAAAGCCUAUGAUGCAAUAAUGAUAAUCUUAAAGAUAAUAACAAGUGUUGGUGAGGAUGUGGGGAAGUUGAAACCCUCAUCCACUGCUGGUGGGAACGUCAAAUGGUGCAGCUGCUUUGGAAAACAGUCAGCACUUCUCCAAAAGGGUCCAGGUAGAAUUAGCAUAUGACCGAGUAAUUCCACUCUUAGAUGGGCAGACGA